CUUUCUUCAUCCCAGACCACAACUCAAUACAAAAAUGUCAGCAAGCUCGCGUCAGCUGCCACCACGGCCACGCGACACGGUUGUCAUCCGCAACUUGGCUGUGCGCACCCUCAUCGGCACCGAGCGCUGGGAUCGCGCCAAGGAGCAGCCGAUGAUUGUCACACUGAGCAUGCAGCUCGGCGCCGCGCUGUCUGGAGCGGACGACUUGGCCGGAAGCUACCACUACGGCCUCAUUUCCAAGGCAGUCGCCGAGUAUGCUGAAAAGACGGUUGGGCUGCGGACGGUCGAGGCGCUGGCGUGUGGCAUUGCGCAGCUGUGCAUUGUGGACUGGAACGUCGACGUGGUGACUGUGCGCGUCGAGCGACCAACCGCGCUGCUUGUCGCCAAGGCUGCCGGCGUGGAGAUUACGCGGUCACGCGCAGACCACCCCACCGACUCGAGCUCGGGAGAGGUCCGCCUUGUCAAGCGAGACAUGACGACCGUCGCGCAAGUCGCCACGCUGUACCAGCCAGGCGAUCGCAUCCUCAUCUCGGGCAUGUCCGUGCGUGCCAUCAUUGGCGUCAACCCAUGGGAACGCGAGCAAGUCCAGGAUAUCAUUCUCAAUCUUACAAUCUACCCGGCGCUCGAUCGUGCGGGAGGCGCCGCUGCAGCAGCAGCAAUCGCAGCAACGGCAGAUCCGUACGUUGCCAGCUGCAACUUCCGAUACAUCAGCAAGGCGGUGGUUCAGUUUGUUGAGGCGUCGCAGUUCAAAACAGUCGAGGCCCUGGUCGUAUCGGUUGCCCGCUUGGUAGUGGUCGAAUGCCUUGGCGUGGCGCGCGCCACAGUUCGCGUGGAAAAGCCGUCGGCAUUGAUAUUUGCAGAGUCUGCUGGUGUCGAGGUCACCCGUGAUGCCAGCGACUUUACGUCAUAGCCGCUGCAGUGUCGGAAUUUUCCGCUGUUGUCCUCAGUCGUAGUAGUAGAAAUAGUAUUGUCCAACAACCCCGCAAACUCCCCA